AUCCUGCUCCUCAUCACAGCUGGGGGGCGGAGCCUUCUCUGAACAGCUUGGCAGGCAGCUCUGCCUGCCCAGUCUUGGAAGAGGAGCUGCAUUUCACCAAGCUGCAGCUGACAAGAAGCUUCAAGACUGCUUAGGUAAUAUCUCAGGUGCACGUGACUUGGGCAAUCUGUGUGUGGUGUCAGGUGAAUCCCUGUGAGGCAGUGCAGCCACUGAAGUGCCCCUCAGGGUGAAGGCUCUGUUGGACUAGCACGUAGAGUGAAAAUCAAGGCAGUUCUCAUCCACAUGACAGAGGAACUAUCCUAUUCAAACGUGCUCAACAUCUUAGAGAAAUUGUAAUUGAAAAGAAGAGGCCCCAUAAGUCAUAUACCGUUGGUGGUCCAGCCUCAAAAGAGACAUUUGUAAGACUGGUGUUUUUGGUAGUAUUUGUGUUGGUAGAGGCAAGGACAGUCAGCCACCUCAACUUCUGAUAGUAGCUACCUGGUAUACAAAUCUAAAUCACAAUGAAUGCCGAGUAUGUCCUCUGCAAUUGGAAAGAUCAGAUAUGGCCAGCAAAAGUUUUGUCCAGAUCUGAGAUUUCAUCAGAUGGUAAGAGAAAAAGCACAUUUGCACUAGAAGUCCAAAUCCUUUCACUAGAUGAAAAAGUUACAGUGGAUAGCACAGAAACAAAGAUCCUAAGUGAAUCUGCAAUUGAAAUUAUCAUUUCUUCCCUAACAAUAGAGUCAGAAGUCAGUGUUUCCCCUAGGGAGGAAACAGCUUAUGAAAGAUCCCUAAAAAUGGCACUGGAUAUCCUGAAUGAAAGAGCAAAUUUGAGUCAGGAAGGUAUUUUGAAUGAACAGGAGACCUCUACACUGUCUGAGAAUGUACUGCAAGAGCUGUCUGAGUCCCCCCCUCAUAAAAAGUUUCGGCAGCAUGAAGGGGACUCUGUGAAUUAUCUUGAAGAAAGUGAAGGCCCAGCAACGCUGGUAGCACCUACAGAAAAUGAUGACUUCCUGUCUGAUGAUAAAUCACAGGUGAACACAGCUAUUGAAGAUGAACUGGAAACAAAGCCAUCACCAAACUUCUGUUGGAAUGCAACUUAUGCUUCAUUUUCAGAUGAUGAAAAAGAAGACAAGAAAAAGAUUGAUAUCACAGCAAUUAUGUCCACAAUCAAAGAGGAGAAUGUAGAUAUUAAAGAUGAAAAGUUCGUUCCAUUUUUGUCACAUGACUUUGUGGUGCCCAAAGCCUUGAAAGAAGAGGAGUCAGAUAGCUCCCCAGAGGACCAAGCUGUUUCCUCUCAGUGCUCUAACAUUGCAGAGAAUAUUGAUGAUCCUGAAGAGGGUCCCUCAAAUCCAAAUCCAAGCUCAGAUGCCAGCCAGAAUCAGCCUCCUGUGGAAACAGACAUGGAGGCUGAGCCAUCUUGUUCUACUACUUCAGGGGAAUAUCAGGUUUCACUUAGUGCCUCUAACUCUGUCCUGGAUUAUUCACUUUUGAGGAAUGAGGAAGGAAGUCUUCAAAGACUAGAUUUUGAACUUGAGGGUGAAGCUUCAGCUUCAACCAGCUCACUGAGUGUGCAGCAUGUUAGGACUCUUGCAUUAGAGGACACUGACGAAGAAGAAGAACUUCCACGCUUAGUUCUUGAUUACAAGCCAUGUGCAUUUGAAACUGGGAUCAUUGUCUGGUUUAAAUAUCAAAAAUACCCAUUUUGGCCAGCAGUAGUGAAAAGUAUCAGGCGAAAGGAGAGGAAAGCAAGUGUGAUUUUUGUUGAGGCAGACAUGAGCUCUGAAAAGAAAGGAAUUAGAGUGCCUUUCAGAAGAUUAAAAAAAUAUGACUGUAAAGAGAAGCAAGCACUAGUGGAUAAAGCCAGGGAGGAGUACAGGGAGAGCAUUGAUUGGUGCAUUUCACUGAUUUGUGACUACAGAGUUAGAAUAGGGUGUGGCUCUUUCGUAGGUUCUUUCCUUGAGUAUUUUGCUGCUGAUAUCAGUUAUCCGGUUCGGAAAGAAAUCAAGCGAGACACCUUCAGAAAUUUAUUUCCAAAACUGUACAAUGACGAUAGUGGGGAACAAAUGAGUGUGACUUCCCCAACCAAGAGAUUAGCCUAUCAGAAAAUUCUUCCUGACCGAAUGAAGUCUGCUCGGGACCGAGCCAAUAAGAACCUUGUGGACUUUAUUGUGAAUGCAAAGGGAACAGAAGACCAUCUUCUGGCCAUCUUAAAAGGCAAAAAAAGGUCCAGAUGGCUGAAUUCAUUUUUGCAUGCCAAGAGGUUCAUGCCAUGUAUUGAAACAUACUUUGAAGAUGAAGAUCAGUUGGAUGAGGUGGUGAAAUACCUACAAGAAAUAUACAAGCAAAUAGACCAAAGAAUGCGCACUCGGAUAAAAGAUGACAAGAUUAAAUUUGUCCUAGAAGUUCUUCUGCCAGAAGCAAUUAUUUGCUCCAUUUCUGCUGUUGACGGGUUAGAUUAUGAAGCAGCUGAAGCAAAGUAUCUGAAAGGACCAGCUCUAGGCUGUAGAGAAAGAGAAUUGUUUGAUUCAAAAAUUCUCUUUGAAAAGAGACGGAAGCCAUUACCUAGUACUGGAACGCAGUAACUAAUGCAAGAGUUGAAAUUAUCACUGGGAGCUUUCAUAGAUCAUAGUUUAAAAAAUCACAUCUCUCAAACAUGGGAAUAUUUUCUGAAAAUGGGAAAUGGGGGGAUUUGGCCAAUGUGUUCAGUUUAGGGAAAGGAUAGUCUAGAUUUCUCAGUUUGCCAUGCUAAAAAAUUUUUUUGCACUUCUUCAAAGCCAAUUUUGCCAAUAUACAUCAGCAGUUUUACUUUCACAUACAUUUUUCAAUUCAUAAUUCCUAAAUGACUUUAUAGUAAAGUACUGUUUAUUUUGUAACAUUUCUAUAUCUUUGCUGUAUAGUUAGAUACACUGUGCACAAUCAUUUGAAUAUUAAAAUUGCACUGGUAAUAGAUAUUAAGCAAGAUAACUAGGAAAGAAGAAUAGAAGAAAUGGCAAUUAUAUUUUUUGCUCCAGUUUUAUAAAGGGCUUAGUUUUCUCUUAAGAUAGCCAAAUUAUUUUUCCUGCCAUGCCUAUUUAUUUUUUGAAAAAUUAUAUCUCUGAGACAUAGAACCAAAGAUAGAUAAGCUUUGCUAUAUCUUGUACCUAACAAUAGUUACUUUUGCAGGAAAACAAUCUAGAGCUCUAAAACAAGUGGCUUAUCUGCAUGUUGUCUGUGUGUGUGUGAAUACAAUUUCUGUAUGCAGAAAAAAUAAUCUGGACAGGCUUGAAAAGACUUGUUCAUUCAAUACUUCCUUAAAAUUCCAUUUUGAAGAGUGUCUAGCUUUCAGUUGUUGAGCAGUUUCUUAAAACAGUCUCCUAUGUUCAUAACUAAUAGUGAGUGGCUCUUCACAUAGCGGUUUGAUAACAUAGAAGGCAGCUAGAGUUAUUAUAUGCACACUCAAUAGUCCCGACUUACUGCUGACCAACACAAUCUCCUUUGAUAUAAGCUGUAGAAUAAGCAAACAUUAUGUUAUAAAUUUUAUCUCCAUAUGUAGUCAUUGCCUCAACUUAGUUUUGGCAUGUGGUUAUUCCUAGAAUAAUUCCAAUUAACUCUAGUAAGAUCAGUGACAGCUGGUAAAUCAUUCCAAAUAACUCAAAGAGGGUGGAUUCACCAGAAUCUGAUAAUUUGGGAAUGGGUCAGUAAAGUCACUUGAUGUGGAAAAAAGUGCUAAAACUGAACAUGAGCUUGUUACAUAUUUUAAAAGUGAAUUAGCUUUUCUAAAAUUUUAUCUCACAAAAAAUCUUAUUUUAAGUAAGAAUGAACAAUUUAUCAACUUCAACUUCUCAUUGUGUAUAUGUAGCCAUACUUGAAUAAUUGUCCUACUUAGCCAAUGGCAUUUUGAAAUUGACAAGUAACCAUCACUCUAGGGUUCUUCUCCUAUGUAGAUACAUGACUACUUGUUGGUGUAAAAUCUGCAGUUUCAUAUUUGUUUUGUUAUAUUUAUCUAAUUUGGUGAAGGGAAGGGAAAU